CGCACAGCAGCGUCACGGGAUUCAACUCCGACGCGGGCUGGGGCGAUAACUUUCUCAUUCAGUCGAAUUACAUCACAGCACACAUCCAGCCACCCAGCUUCAGCUGUGCGGAAAGCAUGGAACCGUCUAUCUUCCAACAGAAUGAUGUGCUUCAUCUUAUCUGCGGAUUUGUUCCUCCCCGGACUCUCCCCAAGCUUGCUAGGGUAUCUCGCCUUCUCCACUACUCCGUGCUACCAUAUAUUUGGAAGAAGCUUGAUCAGCGUACUAUCGCUUGCCUGACCCGUGGAAUUGACUUAACGGCACAACUGAUGUCGCACUUCAAGUUACAUGCCUCUCUCGUCCAAGACCUGACUUUGGACUUCUACCUGCAACGCCGCUUUCGUCCCUCCCUCAUUAUCGCGCUCGACGAAAUCGCCGAGCAUGCGCCUGCGACAGAGUCAGUUCUGCCUAACCUUCGAAGAUUCCGCAUAUGCGCUAGCGAAGCGUCCGAUCUAACCUACACACAUUAUUUCCUCGGUCCAUCAUUAUAUCAACUGGAAGUGGGUUGCAGCGGCUUCAACAAUCAAAUCACUGAUGAUGGCCACUCGGAGAAGGUCGUUACAGAGCUUUUAUUAGCAAUCAAGUCGCGCUGCACAAAUUUGCACACGCUCUCUUUUCGGGGCAUGCCGUGGUUACGAGACCUUCCCCUUGUGGAACAGCUGCUGGCCAGUCUCUCUACUGUCACCACGUACGACGGAGAUGGCGUGGUUCUUUCGCCAAAUCUGUUGAACCCUCUCGCGAGGUCGACGAAACUGGAAGACUUAAAGAUCCUUAUGCGGCCGGCACAAUACGACGUAAUUGAUCCUUGGGGUGAUCUCCCUUUGGACGGUGUCUAUACCGAUGUACUUCCCCUGCUCGAGAACCUCCGCGACGUUAUCUCUCCUGCCAGCUUCCCUUACUUGCGCCAUAUAGAGCUCAACUGCGAUAUACAAGUCGCAACCGCUUUGCUGAGCUUUUUACAUUCCACGCUCCAGACUAUCACCGUGGUUUGCUCAAAUCGAAGGGGCCUGAUCGCGCAGUCAGACCUCGAUAGCCUUGUCGACAUCAUGACCACUUUCGCCACGUCGCUGCAUGACAUCGAUAUGACCAUCAUCGAACCGUUUGAUCCUCUCAUGCGGCGAGGUAUGCCAAUAUCUUGGAAGACCUUCGCUCCGUUUCUACGAUGUAGCGAAAUCGAGCGAUUCAGGCUCGUAUACGACUCGUCCGACAAUUUCGAUUUUUCACAGUCCUCCGAAAUCUCCCGCGCGUGGAGAAACAUAGAGUCAUUCUAUUUGGAUUGGGAUCCUCCAGCACGACAUCGGACCAAAUGUGUCAAUCACACCGGAUUGCACGAUCCACGCAGCCUCAGCAUUGUGGAUAUGCUGCAGUUCGCCUUCCAUUGUCCUGGAUUACGCAAUCUUCUCGUUGCUUGGUUGGACGCAUCUGGAAGCUUAACCGUCCCAUCCAACUUACCAACCGUGAUGUGGCCAUUGACGUUGGGCGUUGGGUAUGGGCAAAUGGAGUGCGCUCCCAACGUGGCGGAUUUCCUCCGGAAGGUGCGGCCAAAUGUCCAGUUGGAGUGCAGGGCGUCCUACGGACCUGAAGGCCCACGAACAGCAUGGAAGAAAGUCCAGGAGCUGUUGAAGGCGACCCGCCCCUAA